AUGUCGGGACGUCAACCACCAGGGCAGCCGCCCAAUGUAUCGAGUUCGUGGCGCAUGGUCGAGGGAGGCGAGAAUGAUAGCUUCGACACCUCAUUGAUGCCCGACGAUUAUGAUGGCAACGAUAUGAUCCUGUCCAGCCAAAGCGAUCACUCGCAUAUAGACGGGAGCCAGCCCUACAGUUUGGACGGAUCUCAGCCAUUCAGUAUAGGAGGGUCACAGGACGAGAGUCUCGAGAGUUUCCUACACAGAGCCGAGGACGACGAUCAAGUCAUCAUGAGAACUCCCUUCCGGCCUUCAAUUCCACAAUCUGUCCGGCACGCUUCUCGCGAAAACAUGAGACAUCGGAUUCAGCCAUCACCACAGGAGUUUUACAUGCCCAUGGUCGAUGUCGAUAGCAGACUUGUCGACAGCCGACGAUCCAGUGCACGGUCGUCCAUGACAGUGCGACAGUUUCCGCCUUCGCUGCCUGGUCUACGCCACCGACAAACACAUCAGAGGGUCGAAGAAAUGAGGAGGUCUAGACUUGGGACAUCAAAACGACAACAGGCGCCAGAGAUUCAGGGGUUUUUUGACCGAUUUUUCGACUCGGUACCGGAUGCCGUAUUCAACACUUUUUCUUGGGCCUUGGGAGUCGUUGGCCUUGCGUUCAAAUAUGCGCAAAAACCCAUCGCCAUUCUGGUAUCUGUAUAUCUCAUCUUUGGACUCCUUUCGAUGGUCCAGAACAUGGCGACAUUAUCCCUCUAUACGGCCUUAUCACCAGUAUGUCGUGUACCAGGCGCAAAAUGGCUCAACCUGCCAUUCUGUCUCGAUAUGUCUGCGAAAACAAACACGCACAUCCAGUUCGACCCUGUAAUAGAGAUUCAGGAUCGCUUUGAGGGGGUUCUAGAAAAAGCUGCCGAAAGUGCUUCGCUGCCUUUGGAGAUGAAGCGCUCCGAGCUAGCUAUCCGUGACCUACGUACCAUGGUCCGCUACAGCCAGCUUCACGGCAAAGAACAACUGAUACUUGAAUUUGACGGGUACAUCGACGCCGCAAGCUCGGCAACUUGGGAUCUUCAAAGGUUCAACACCCGCGUGGGAUCAACAAUAGAUUCCAUAAUCAGCGUCAACCGAUGGACAUCUCGGUACAUUGAUGAACUAUCAGAUGACAUGAAGCACCGCGGCAUCUUGGGCGAGUGGUGGGACUGGGUCUUCUCCCCCUUUCAGCCAUCCACCUACACGGAGCGCAAGCUUCUGGACCAGUACAUCGACCACACGAUCCGCGUCUCGGACAAGAUUGCCAACCUGAUAAGGGAAGCGCAAGCCGUCCUGAUUACGUUGCAGAGGGCAGAAGACCACCUCGAAGUCAUAUACGAUUUCGUGACUAGAACUCAGGAACAUAUACAGGCGAAGAAGGAGGAGGUCUUUUGGGAAUUGUGGACCUAUAUCGGCAUCAAAUCCGAGAACCGCAAGAGCUACAACAACCAGCUGGCGCUGCUUAGGAAGGUUGAGGACCAGCGCUCGGAAGCCGUGAAACAGGUCAGCGAACUCAUUGUUGAGCUGCAGAACAUUCAGGUCAGCCUGAACGGGCUAAGAGACCGGGUUGGAGAGCCGGAGGUGGCGAGGGAUGCUGGUCUUGAGAUACCGCUAUAUGUACAUGUCGAAACCAUUGAUAGGGGAGUUGAAAGGCUGGAAUCGGCGAGGAAUAAGAUAAGGGAUGUCGAGAAUGAGCGUGUGCGGGAGGCGCUGGCUAGGGGGAAAGAGGAGUUGCCGGAGUUGGAGGCAAAGGCGUACAAUAGACGUAUUCCUGGUCUUGGUUGGUAGACAGUGUCGAGGUCGCAAAUGGCAGGUUACAUAUGUUGGGGCAGGGAAAGAGUAUUCCUCGAAGCGUUCUACAUGUACUUUCUUAUUUCUCAGGGGGUAGUUUGGGAGUCGGAGGAGUUUGGAGUUUGAAUAAAUUCAAUCAUUAGCUUGCUGUAUAGAUGAGUUUCUUGGAAACAAAAUCCAAGGACAAAAUUCGCAUACGCAAUAUCC